AUGAGCUCCAUUGAAGACAUUCUCGAGGUGUCACAGCAACAUGACAAUACAACCGACUACACUCUCUUUGAACUAGAUGAUACACGUGCCAACUUUGAGAAAGACGAUAUUGAUGCUAUCUUAUUAUACCAAUUAACUGAAAACCCCGAAUUUGAUCAUCCACUCAUUUACCUAAAAGAUUGUUUCAACCGUUGUCAAGUACAAAGGCGUAAAAACAAAAAGAAUGAAACCUUAAUCGACGCUUAUAAUGAGAUUGACAGACUAGUUGUCGGUUAUGGGUUAGUGACGUUCCAAGUAGAGAAUUUUUGUGAGAAUUCCAAAGAUACUUUUGUUACUUUUUUAAAUCAAAUUCUAUCAAAAUUUGAUUCAUUCAAUGAGUUUUUAUUCCAGUUACUUACACGAGCAAUCAAAGAAGGUUCAACCAUGGAAUUUCUCGAAAAUUUCUUCAACGCCUUAUUGGAAAUCACUAAGGACAAAGACCAUUUUAACAUAAAUCACUCUGAAUUAUAUAAUACUGUAUUAACUGUUUUUGAAAUGUUCUUAUCAACUAAACAAGCUGCCGGUAUCUUUACAAAAAUUAGUAAUUUCCUCUUAGAUUUCAAUGCUAAGGCAAAUGAUUAUGAAACUUUAUCCAUAUUAGGUCCUAUCCUAUCAUUAUCACCAUUAAGUCCAGUGGUAGCAUUACAAAAUUUCGAAAGUAUUGCGAUUGUAUCAAAUAUUCAAACAGGUGGAGACGAUAGCGAUGGAGGUGAAAAUGACGAAGAGGAAGAAUUAGAUUUCAAUCAAAAGAAAGACUUGAAGUUGAUCAGUGAAUCUCUGCAAAACGAACAUAACAUUAUUAUUCAAAGAUUAUUCUCCAUCAUUGAUAAGCUGUUCCGAGGAUCUAAGGAAUCUAGAGAAGAUUUAUUGAAUUAUUUUGCCCAAAUUGUAAAUAAAAAUCAUUUGAGAAGGGCAGACUAUGGACAAAGACAGAAUAAGCUGGCUUCAAAUGCAUUCAUGUCAAAUAUUACAAUUCUUUUAAUUAAAUUUAGUCAACCCUUCCUUGAUCUAUCCUAUUCUAAAAUUAAUAAGAUUGAUAUCAACUAUUUUAAUAGUUUGAAUAUAUUUAUUGAUCUUUCCAAUGAAACUAGGGUAAAUUCUGAUUUCAAAGAAGCGGAUGAAUUUUAUGAUAAAUACAAGAAUUCUUCGGAUGCUCCUCCAAACUUUAUCUCUCAUUGUUUCUUUUUGACGCUAACGUAUUUGCACUAUGGGAUCGGUGGUUCCCUAUUGUACGACGAAAAGAUUACUCCACAAAUUAAGAGAUUGUCAUCAGAAGUUCGUAAGUUGGAGAAAGUCAUUGCUCGUAAUGUUUCAACAAAUAAUAACUUUAUGAACAACUUCCUGAAACAACAAUUAAGAACAUUGACAAAUAAUUUAAAAGUAAUGAAGUCUUUGAAAUAUACUUUGAAGAGUUUUUUUGCAAAUUCUUCAAUACAAACCGAAAUCUUUGACUUCAUCGGGGGUGCGUCUACUUUCUUAAUAAGAGUUAUUGAUCCUGCUCAUAGUUACCCAUUUAAGCCGAUUCAACUACCACUGAUACCUGAUCAGAUUGGGUUAGAAAAUGUCGAUGCUGCAGAUUAUCUAAGACAGCAAGCUCCUGUACCAUUUAAAUAUUACCCAGAGUUUAUUAUAGAAGGUUUAGUUAACUAUUCCGUCUAUAUUUCCAAGUAUAGUAAUUCUCCGUUAUACACCAGUUUAGGUAAUAACGCAAGACUAAACUCAUUUGUGGAGUUGACAACAGUUUUAUUACGCUGUCCUGAAAUUGUAUCCAAUCCCCACUUGAAAAGUAAAAUCGUUCAAAUUUUAAGUAUUGGUUCAUACCCAUUGAACGGUGGACAAGGAUUCAUGAUGUCAAUUUUUCAGAACAAUGAGUUAGUUCGUAAAAAUCUUCUUUAUGCUUUGUUGGAUUUCUAUGUUAUUGUAGAAAAAACUGGGUCUUCAUCACAAUUUUAUGAUAAGUUCAAUUCAAGAUAUUCAAUCUCAAUUAUCCUUCAAGAAAUAUACCAAGCUACUCCGACCAUCUAUAAAGAUCAAUUAUUUCAUCAAGCGAAGGAUAACUCUGAUUUUUUCAUAAGAUUUAUAGCGAGAAUGCUCAAUGACUUAACGUUUUUGUUGGACGAAGGGUUAACCAAUUUAUCUGAAGUGCAUAAUUUACACAAUCAAUUAGCUUCAAAUCCACAACCACCUCAGACGGAGAAUGGAGAAGGAAAUGAAAACGAUAUUCAUACAAGAUUAGCAUCGGCACAACGACAAGCGAAAUCUUCCUGUGGCUUAGCAACAAAAUCUAUGAUAUUGUUUGAGAUAUUUACAAGAGAUUUACCUAGAUCGUUUGUGACACCUGAAAUUGUUGGUAGAUUAGCGAGUAUGUUGAACUAUAACUUAGAAUCCCUUGUUGGUCCCAAAUGUGGCGAAUUAAAAGUUUCAAACCCGGAAGCAUAUUCAUUCAAUCCCAAGGAAUUAUUGAAGUCCUUAUGUACAAUCUAUAUUAACCUAUGCGCUGAAGAAGAGUUUAUUGAUGCGGUUUCUAGAGAUACGAGAUCAUUCAAAGUUUCCUUAUUCGAAAGAGCAGUUAAUAUCUUAGGCAGGAAAAUUGGUCUUGUUUCUCCUGAAUUCUGUGAUAAACUAAUGAAGUUUGCCAAGGCUGCACAGGAAAAGAAAGACGAAGAAGAGGAAAAUGACUUGGAAUUGGGAGAAGUUCCAGAUGAAUUUUUGGAUCCUUUAAUGUAUACGAUUAUGAAGGAUCCAGUCACAUUACCUACAUCUCAUGUCAAUAUCGAUAGAAGUACGAUUAAAGCACACCUUUUGAGUGAUUCGACGGAUCCUUUCAACAGAAAUCCUUUGAAAUUGCAAGAUGUAAUCAGUAAUGAUGAAUUGAAGAAAAAAAUCCAAGACUUUAUCGCUGAUAAGAAAGCCGCUAAGAAGAAGGAGUCUAUUUAA